AUGGAUUUUCGUUUUAACGCCGGCGAGAUGCCCACAAACCCUAACCCUAACCCUAAUCCUUAUCCAUCCACAGCCGAAUAUCCCCCUCAUUACACAUACAACUUCAAUUACAAUUACUAUCAGCCGGCCGGCGUUGAUUCUCACAGCAAAUUGCUUCAAAGCCAGCCUCAGCCGCCGCCGCCGGGAAUCGAUACGGCGUCUGUGCCGCAGCAUUAUUACUAUCAGCCGGCCGGCGUUGAUUCUCACCUCAGUCAGCCUCGUCCGCCGCUGGGAAUUGCUCCGGCGUAUGUGCCGCAGCCGGUGGCCGUUCAAUACGCGCAGCAACCACUCGGGUAUGAACCCCAACAAGGCGCUGCUAAUUAUGCGAGCCCAAAUGGUGCUUCUUAUUUUCAGGACCUUAACACAAGUCAGGCAGCUGUUAUCUCGCCGUUCGGAUCCACUCCAUUUGCUGUGGGUUUACCUACAAAUCCAAAUGCUCAAUCCCAAAGGAAGAAAAAUGGCUCCAAGGCCAAGAAGACUCCAAUUGUACAAUCUGUAAGGUGUGAGGUCUGCAAGAUCGAUUGUACCUCCGAAGAUGACCUCAACCAACACAGAUUGGGGAAGAAGCACAAAAAGAACCUCGAGAAGUUGAAAGAAAAAUUUCCUGUUGUACCCCUACCUACUCCUAACCCGGUUAUUCAUCCUCCACCCUUGCCCAUUUUCACAUCAACUCCAAUGGAUAAACCACACAUUGGGUCCGAUUUGAACCCGGAUCCAACCAAUCAAACGAUAAUUGGGCCUGAAGAAAAUCCGGAGAAGCCUAAACUCUCCCAUUCUCAGAAAACACGUAAAAGGGCGGCCAGGUCCCGUAUUGAUGAUUUGGAGACCAAGAGAAGAAGGGUUUUGGGAGAAGGAGCAACAGCUGAGGCCGUUCGUGAAUGCAGAUUAUGUAAUGUGGUUUGCAUUGGUGAUGCGGUGUUAGCCUCUCACCUUGCUGGUCAAAAACACGCGUCGAUGGUGAAGAUGUAUGGGUCUCGUGUGGAAGUUGCCUCAGCCAUACAAAAAUGA